AAGAGCUUCCUGGGGUUCUCAAGUAUAUGUGCGUUUCCUCUUCUGGAUAACCUGUGUGAGAAGAUUAAAUAUGUCUUAAGAAAUAAACUACCUUUUGAAGAUUUUGAUGGAGAUAGAUUUAGUACUUUCCCAACGUUGAGGGGCUAUCACUGGCGAGGCAGAGACUGCAACGACAAAAACACCACCGUGUACCCUGGCAGACGUCCUGAUAACUGGGAUGUGAACAGUGACUCUAACUGCAAUGGCAUAUGGGGCGUAGAUCCAGAAGAUGGAAUUCCCUAUGAGGAGAAAUUCUGCAAAGGUGCAGACUCGCAAGGGGUGGUGCUGUUGGGAGACUCGGCCGGCGCUCACUUCCAUAUCCCUCCCGAGUGGAUGACCAUCACACAGAUGUCAGCGAAAUCAUUUGCUAAUCUCCCAAUGGCUUUCACUGACGAGCUUGACUGGCCCCAGUUCUCAGAGAUCACUGGAUUUCUGAAUUCCACCAUCGGAGGUUGGACAGACUCUCUGUAUCUACGUUUACGCAGGAGAAAUCGCUGUAAUCACAGAGACUUACAGAACAUUUCCCAAAAUGGUGGUUCUUCAGGAAACCUCCUCUAUUUAAUAAAAAGCUUGGCCAGAAACCAGCUAUUGGACAACCCAGCCAUAGUUAUCUAUGCUACGAUCGGAAAUGAUGUCUGCAAUGGGAACCGUGACACACUGGCUCACAUGACUACACCCAAACAAAUGUUCUCCAACGUGGUGCAAGCUCUGCGAUACCUGGACUCUCGUCUUCCAAACGGCAGCCAUGUGAUUUUAACAGGCUUGGUAGAUGGCCGCUUCCUCUGGGAUAACCUGCACGACAGAUACCAUCCUCUAGGGCAGCUGAACAGGGACAUCACGUACAGACAACUCUAUUCUUUCCUUGACUGCCUCCAGGUGAGCCCCUGCAGCGGCUGGCUGACCUCCAAUGAGACCCUCAGGAAUUUGACCUCAGAGAGAGCUUUACAACUUUCCAAUGUCCUGGAAGAAAUAGCGAGAUCUGAGAAAUUUGCCAACUUUGAUAUUUUCUACAUGGAUUUCCCACUGAGACAAACGGCUGAGGAGUGGCAGAAGAUGGGAGGCCAGCCCUGGCAGCUGAUCGAACCAGUUGAUGGCUUCCAUCCCAGCCAGAUUGCUGCUGCCCUUGGAACAAGCGUCACCUGGCAGAAGGCAUUACAUGAAUGGCCUCAAGUGCUUGGAAAGGAGAAUCCAUUCAACGACCAGAUUGAAGCUAUAUUCAAAGAUCAAGGUGGACACUGA